AUGUCUAAUGAUCAAAUUCGCAUAUUUGAGUCUAACAUCAUGUUCCUGCAGCAACCCAAUGAACCACCACUCAUUCCACGCAGACUUCACAGCAUGAAUAGCAACCACUCAGCCAAACAUCUGGAUGGUUUGGGUCGCUAUUUCAUACCUGUCUCCACAGUUGAGCAGUUUUGUGAUGAUGUCCGUAACCGGCCGGGCAAACGUUCGAUGAGGGGGAAUAUUACCUGUACCAAAAAGUGGACUGCCGCCAAGUCUGUGGAGGAGGACAAGAUCUCCGUCUUCAAGCAGACUGGAAUAUUCAUCUUAGCAUGUCAGCAUGGCUUCGUGGAAUGUAUUGCAGAGAUGAAGCGUAGCGGUGAACUUGUGAAGUAUGGACUUGCCAUUGUGAACUGGCUGCUUGAAGUUUGUGGUCAAGACCAAGGACUUGGCCAUGAUAUUGGCUGCUCAUUGCACAAAACUAUUGCUGCUAGUUCCAUUGGCAAUCUUGCCACCAAACUGAAUCUCAUUGUCGCAGUCAAUGCUUUUCAUGGGUAUGUGCACAAUCGCCGGUGCCAGCUGCACCAUCAUCCCCUUUACCUCCAAGGCUUCGGCCGCUUCUUGCAUGAGAAUUAUGUGCAAGCACUCGAAGAAUCUGACUUUCUCAGUAAUCUAGCCGAAGAACCGCUGUCUGAUGCGAUUGUGGCAGCAUACGUUGAAGAACUCGAGAAGCUUCAUGUUGCGGAGCAUGACAUCACUGAAUGUUGGACGCCUAUGCACCAUGAGUAUACUCCGGCACUGGAAUACUCACGUGAGCGCCAGUUUGUUCAGAUUGUUGAGGAACUGGAGGGUUUAGUCAUCCAGUGCUUGUUUGAGUUAUCUAAAGCUAAUCUUGCAGGGAUAGGUUACAAAAUGCGUAAAUAUAUCUCAAAAGCUAUCACUUGCUGCUCUGCUACCAUUCAUAAUGUGCUUGAGAAGUACAACAAAUUGGCACCACUUCAAAUACCUCCUCGACCUAUCCUCGACUACGCAGAAGUUGUCGGAUAUGCCACUCUCAGCGAAUUUACCCUUCUGAAAUAUUCUCAUCACAAUUUUCUUGCAAAACCAUGGGCAGUGCCUGAAACUCGGGAGAUGAGCGCCAAAUACUUUAAACUUGUCCGGUCUCGCCGUCUUGAUGCUUGGGUUGAGUAUGAUGACAAAAAGAUGCUUGAAGUCAUUGAGAUGUUGGUUACUGAUGAUCCAUCCUCUCUGCUUGCUGCCGAGUUGAGGAAGCAAUACUCAGUCCGCCAUUGCAUCAACAACGUCCACCGCUGUUGCUUACACAAGAUUCGCCAACUCAAAGGCUACAGCAGCCCAAUCCUGGUUACACAAUAUGAUGUCACUGAGGAGGGUCAAGAUGAUGAAGGGAGUGGAGACCUCAAAGAGAAUGAUGAGCUGGGUGACGAAGCUUCACACUUUGAAGAUACAAUUAGUUGCAUUCAAUAA